AUGACAGCAACGAAAAAGUCCGAACAGAAAUCAAUGAAUCCAACACAUACCGAAUCAUCACGUGAAGAAUUUGAAGAAACACCGACAUGGACAGCUGUUGUUACCGUACUUGGCUAUGCAAUUUUAAGCGCACUCGGAUGGUUACGAGAUUUUCUUCGCAAUGUUGGUUUAGAAGAGAAAAAAACAUCUCAAGAUCCCAAUCCUAAAGACUUCGUACCACUCUAUCAAAGCUAUGAAUGUUUUUAUACACGAAAUUUAUAUACUCGUAUACGUGAUGUAUUCAAUCAACCGAUCGCUAGUGUCGCCGGAGCUAAAGUCGAUGUGAUGGAACGUGUUUCAGAUGAUUUCAAUUGGACAUUCAAAUUUAGUGGCAAAAAGAUACCGUCGAUCAAUCUAGGCUCAUACAAUUAUCUCGGUUUUGCCGAAAACUCUGGCCCAUGUUCGAAUCAAGCGAUUAAAUCGAUUGAAAAAUACGGUCUUACAACUUCGAGUACACGUCAUGAAUUAGGAACACAAAAAUAUAUGGUUGAACUAGAAACCUUAAUGGCGAAAUACUUGAGCGUUGAAGAUUGUAUUGCAUUUGGUAUGGGAUUUGCAACAAAUGCUUUGAACAUUCCUGCUCUUGCGGGCAAAGGUGAUUUAAUUAUUAGUGAUACACUCAAUCAUACGUCCUUGAUUCUCGGUGCUCGUUUGUCGGGAGCAGUUAUUGGAAAAUUCAAGCAUAAUGAUAUGGAAGAUUUAGAAAUUGAAUUACGCAAUGCCAUCAUUCAUGGUCAACCACGCACAUGUCGUCCAUGGAAAAAGAUUCUUAUCAUUGUCGAAGGUGUUUAUAGUAUGGAAGGUUCACUAUGUAAAUUACCAGAAAUAAUUGCAUUGAAGAAGAAAUAUAAGGCAUAUUUAUAUGUUGACGAAGCACAUUCGAUAGGUGCGAUUGGUUCCCAUGGUCGCGGUGUUGUUGAUUAUUGGAAUGUCAAUCCUGAUGAUAUUGAUGUUCAUAUGGGAACAUUCACAAAGAGUUUCGGUUCAGCUGGUGGUUAUAUUGCCGGGAAAAAAUCGUUAAUUGAUCAUAUUCGAAUCCAUACGCAUUCAGGUUGUUAUUCUCCUAGUAUGUCAGCACCUAUUGUAUACCAAAUCAUAUCAGCUUUGAGCAUUAUUAUGGGUCUUGAUGGAACUAAUGAUGGACAAAAACGUAUUAAACAAUUAGCUCGUAAUGUACAUUAUUUUCGUCGUCAACUGGUUGAUAUGGGUUUCAUUGUCUAUGGAAAUGAUAAUUCACCUGUCGUUCCAGUGAUGAUUUUCAUGCCUGCUAAGAUAGCUGCUGUUAAUCGUGAGAUGCUGAAACGUGGUUGUGCUGUCGUGACAGUUGGAUUUCCUGCCACUGCAUUGACUGAAUCACGUGUACGAUUUUGCCUCUCUGCUGGCCAUACAAAGGAAAUGCUUGAUGAUGCUUUAAAAGCAAUGGAUGAAGUCGGACAUCUAGUAUCACUUCGCUACUCGAAACGCAAUCCUCCAUUGCGUUGGAACGAACUCAACCGAGCUGAUUAUGAAAACGAAUAUUUCUCCAGCUAA